AUGGCGGAGAGAGACCAGCGGGAAGCCAGCCCUCCGUCCGGCCGCGGCGUGCAGGUGGACUCCCCGGCCAGCUUCAGGUUGACCCACGACAUCAGCCUGGAUGAGUUUGAAGAUGACGACCUGUCGGAGAUCACAGAGAUCACAGACGAGUGCGGGCUGAGCCUCAACUGCAACGGCCCAGACAUGAAGGGCCGUGUGAGGCGAGGAACCAAUCACACGUCGGUGAGGGCAGAGCUGGGCGCCGUCGGCCACCUCCAGGCAGAGAUGCUGCAUUUGGAACUCAUAGACGGUGCUGACGGUUUCCGCGGCGACCAGGAGACACUGAAGGCGUCUGCCAUCGCACCCCCGCCGGCCUACAAGGACCCUGCAGCACCUGUUACCAUGGAUACCUACCGGCCCAAGAGACCUACGACCCUUAACCUCUUCCCAAUUGUGCCACGCACACAGGACACGUUAAACAACAACUCCUUCGGGAAGAAGUACAGUUGGCAGGAGAAGGUUUCCGGCCCGUCGUCGCCUCUGAAGCCAGGUGAGCUCACCCCCCCGCACGAGCACAGCUGCCUGAGCGACGAGGACCAGGUGCAGGGCGGCGGCGCACAGACCAAAGACCGGGGCACCUCCACCGACGGGCCCUGCCGACACGGCUCCGGACACUCGCACGGCUCCACCACGGCCGCGGUGACGCGCUCCAAGCUGCAGGAGAAGCCCCCGGCCCCCCCGCCACCGCAGAACUACACACCCGCUCCCCUGUAUCCUGCAGGGAAGGCCGAUGGAAGUGGGAACCACCGGGAGAGGAGCCGCUACCACACGGACGUUCACGUGGAGCCUACAGAGGAGAUCUACCUGACUCCUGUGCAGCGUUCGGCCGAGUCUCUGGAACCCCCGACCAAUCAGGACCGGCCUUACCUCUCCCAGCAGAGCGAGCAGGGCCGUAUGUCCAUCAGCUCCGACACCGAGGGCCCGCCUCCGUACCAGCCCCUCCCAGAUCGGACAAACCCCUCCAUCUACGAGGAGGACGAGGUCUACGUCCCCCCGCCCUCGUAUGCUUCCUGCGUAGAGUCCCUCAUCACGCCGCCCAGCAUGGCGCUCUCAGCUCGCUCCGCCCUCGCCCUGGACCUCAGCUUGAAGGGGGCAGGAACGGGGGCCGGGGCUGUCCUGAGAGCAGGGUCCUCGGUGGAGUAUGUGGACGCCACAGAUGAAAGCUACUGUGGAGAGGACGAGGAUGUGGACAGGAUAAUAAUGGACGGAAGAAUGAGGACGUGUGUAGGAAAAGGCGGCGGCGGCGGUGGCAGAUCUGCCCCCCCGAGGACUUCCAUGAGCUCGGAGGCCAGCGGCCUUUCGUAUGACUCAGUCAAAUACACGCUGGUGGUGGACGAGCACGCUCAGCUGGAGCUGGUCAGUCUCCGUCAGUGUUACCAGGGUUACAGUGACGACAGUGACACGGCCACCAUCUACGACAACUGCGUCUCCUCGCCCUACGAGUCGGCCAUCGGCGAGGAGUACGAGGAGGACGAGGACGACGAGGACGGGCUUCAGAUGGGAGGAGUCAGGAGAGAGGCCACGGCUUGUCUGUCUGAAGACUCCACCCCCGAGGCCGACCUGCACUUCUCCAAGAAGUUCCUCAAUGUCUUCAUGAACGGACGCUCCAGCUCCUCCAGUGCAGAGUCCUUUGGUUUAUACUCGUGUGUCAUAAACGGCGAGGAGAAGGACCAGAGCCACAGAGCCGUGUACAGAUUUGUCCCUCGCCAUGACGACGAGUUGGAGCUGGAGGUGGACGACCCGCUGCUGGUGGAGGUCCAGGCCGAGGAUUACUGGUACGAGGGCUACAACAUGCGAACUGGUGCCCGUGGGAUCUUCCCGGCUUACUACGCUAUAGAAGUGACCAAGGACACCGAGAGCUACAAAGGAACCGAAGUGAAGAGCAGUGAGUGGAUGGACAGAUACCGGCUGAAGUUCCUGGGCUCGGUCCAAGUCCCGUACCACAAAGGAAACGAUGUUCUGUGCGCUGCUAUGCAGAAGAUUGCCACCAACAGAAGGAUGACAGUGAAGUACAACCCACCGUCCUCCUGCAUCCUGGAGAUCAGCGUGAAAGGCGUCAAACUCGCAGUUCAAGAGGAUUAUUACGCUUGUGACCGAAGUAAUGAGUGCAGCCACUUCUUCCAGUUGAAGAACGUCUCCUUCUGCGGCUUUCACCCCAAAAACAGCAAGUAUUUCGGUUUCAUCACAAAACAUCCAGCAGACCAGAGAUUCGCCUGCCACGUGUUUGUGUCUGAGAACUCCACUAAGCCCCUGGCGGAGUCAGUAGGGAAAGCCUUCCAGUUGUAUUAUAAAGAAUUUGUGGAGUUAUCGUGCCCGACAGAGGACAUCUACUUGGAAUAG